AAUUCGAAGAUUUUUUGAAAUAAAUUCGCGGGGACUAGCAGAAAAAAAAUCAGAGGUUUAAUUCAUUGUUGAUCACUGUUGGUCAAAAUUUACAUUGACAUGUCAAAAUUAGUCUUUUUAACGGAAAAUGGCCGGGGAAACAUCUACGAUGAGAAGGGGAAUGAAGCAAUGGAUAUUAUAGAUGAACCAGCCGACCCAUUUGCCAUCAAGCAACUAGUCAGCCUUGAUUCGUACCUGGAAAAUUGUCCUGUUACGCCCAAAGAAGUUCAGCAUCAGCGGAAUAACAAUGAGAGGGAAACAUCCGUGCGUAAAAGCACUGAAAGAGCUCCCAAAUAUCGUGAUUAUAGCCUCUCUACAAGAGAGCUU